UUAAAAUAAAGUUAUUACGCCAUGAAGGUAGAAAUAUAGCCUACUAAUCAUUAGAAUAGUCAUAUUGUUAUAUUUAAGGUAUACAUGUGCACAGUUUGGUUUACGUCACAAGCAAUAAGCAACUACAAAAAUCAUUCGGGUAAUUGAUAGAUUACAUUUAGCUCAUUGUAAAACGCAUCAGCACUUCCUCAAACAGCCUCAAAUACUUCCAGAAUCACUUUCACAAUACAAGUACACAGGCUUUAAUAACAUGAUUCUAUGAGAACAGGUUGUUUAUACCAGCACAUAUAAGCUUACUCACUAAUGAAUGCACAAAAAAGACAGUGUGAAUGUGAUUCUGUCUGUGUGUGUGAGUGUGUAUUUAUUUCAACAUUAUCAACUGAAGCCACGGGGAUAAGAAGCUUCAAGCUCGAUAUUCCUCCGUACACAGCGCAUUCAAUUGGCUGAAAGUGGUCAGGUGACGCUGUCAUAUUGUCCUUCCAUGAGCCAAGCCUUGGCUAUAACACUUGGUUUGCGCGUCUUAACCGGAGACUGGAAAUUAAUAUUAUUGAAAUCCUUCUGAAGUUCAUUUGAAAGCGAGUUAGGAAAGCAGGCGGGAGACGUAUGUGACAGGAGGAAACAGAACCCAAAGCACAACGAAAGAGAGUGUAAGAUUGAGAAAGGAAAUAAGAUAGGAGGGUGAGUUGAUGAGAGGGCGAUAGGGAAGGUAUGAAUUCGUAUUUCGCGAACCCGUCGCUCUCUUGCCAUUUAUCUGGUGGGCAAGAGGUUUUGCCCAAUAUGCCCCUCAACACGACCACAUAUGAUUCAGUCAGACAUUUUUCUUCUUAUGGCACUACGGUAACGCAAAACCGGAUUUAUGCGUCCCCUUUCUAUUCACCUCAAGAUAACGUUGUGUUUGGAUCAAGUCGAGGACCGUACGAGUAUGGAUCUAACGUGUUUCUCCAAGAUAAGGAUGUGCUUCCCAGUUGCAGGCAAACUGGUAUGGGACUCAGUGCGCAAAGCCACGUUGCCCAGGAGUACAACCUGGAACAAGCUCGUGCAGGAGCCCAAGAACAGAAAGGGAACAACAUUCAGAUCUACCCAUGGAUGCAGCGUAUGAACUCGCACAGCGGAGUUGGGUACGGGUCAGACAGAAGAAGAGGUCGCCAGAUUUACUCCAGAUACCAAACAUUGGAAUUGGAAAAAGAAUUUCACUUCAAUCGGUAUUUAACCAGACGCAGACGUAUCGAGAUCGCCAACGCUCUAUGCCUAACCGAGCGUCAAAUCAAAAUCUGGUUCCAGAACCGGCGCAUGAAAUGGAAGAAAGAGACUAAUCUAACUUCUACUGUACCGGGGACCGAAUCAACGGGUGCUUCUCAUGAGACCGAAAAGGAGACCGAGGAGGAGACAGAGGAAGCUAAAAAAAAAGAUUAGAAUAUACCUUUUCUCGUUCUCGAAAGCCUGUUAACUGCAACGUAACUACCUACACUCUGAAAAUUGCAAAUAUUAAUGCAUGGACCGUAUACUCUGCUAUUCUUUCGACCGUCCCCUCCUCCUCCGACUUCCACACCAUUUUAUUACCACCACGCCAAUAAAAUAUACACACGUAGAAACAAACGGAGAAAUUGAGUAGCACAUGCACCAUUAUGCAAUUCACUAUCCUUUGAAUACAAAAUAGCUCUUUUUUGGCUGUGUGGUAAAUGUCACAGAUGAUCUAUAUGUGUGGUUGACAGCUCUAGUAUUAAAAUGUUGCCAAUGGGCUAGUAGAAAAUUACUCAGACAUAUAUUCAAAAUUGAUAAGUAAGCUAAAUUUCCCCUUUCCCCAACUAUCAGAGCCUCCAAACAGAGCUCCCUAAGCAUUCCAGAAGUGAAGGAAACUUGUUAUGUGCACAUUCUGUGUUUUUGUCCACACGUAUUUGUACAAUGAUACAAACACUGACGGGAUGAACUAUACUACCUAACUCAUUGAUGCAUUAUAUUUUCUUUUUCUUUUUUCUUUUUUAUUUUGUCUUCUUAAUAUUGCCUUUGCCUCCUCAGUGUUUUGAUGUUCAAAAUGCCGCUGUACUGGCACAUUAACUAUUGAAAAAACGUAAAAAAUACAUUUCAUCAUACUUGUAGCUGUAUGCAUAUAGCCUACAAUUGUCUUAAAGUGAGAAUCAAAACCAUAUGAAAUCAAACAUAUUCCUUGGUACACAACUAUAUUGUUUGUGUAAACGGUGUAUUAUUUAAUAAAAUUAAUGAAAGAAAAACAGCUGUAUUGUCCUGAUGUUGACUCCACUUUUAAGUUCUGCUGGAAUUAACCAAAUAAAAAUGUGU